GACUCCUUGGAGAUGCGUGCUGUGCUCGCUCAGGCCAUUUCUCUCAUCUGAUAACCCCCUCUCCUCCUUCUGGGUUCUUCUUCUCUCUCUCUCUCUCUGCAAAUGCAUUUGCAGUCUUAAAAAUCUUUAUAUCUAUCUUGCAUCGACACACACGCACACACACAGAGAGCGAUAGAGAAAGAGAAGCAUACGCAUAUAUAUGGCAAGUGGGUGAUGUGAUAUACCCAUUUGUUGUAUUCGAUUCUCUUUUGGUUUCUUAUAGAGAACACAACUAGGCGCAUCGAUCAAUGGAGAAUGGUGGAGAGAGUAACGGCGUCACGUUGUUCACGGAAGAAGAGUUGCGAGAGAUAAGCGGAGUAAAGAGAGGGGAUGAUUACGUGGAGGUGAUGUGUGGGUGCACCAGCCACCGCUAUGGUGAUGCUGUUGCUAGGCUUAGGGUUUUCUCUUCUGGUGAACUUGCAAUCUCCUGUGAAUGCACCCCUGGCUGCCAAGAAGACAAGCUGACUCCAGCUGCAUUUGAGAAGCAUUCUGGAAGAGAAACUGCAAGGAAAUGGAAGAAUAAUAUAUGGAUCAUUCUCAAUGGUGAGAAAGUUCCUGUGGUAAAGACUCCACUGCUCAAAUAUUAUAACAAGUCUUCAAAGCAUGCUAAUGGGUCACAUAGAUCUCAAAAUGGAAAAGUGCAUCGCGAUGAGUUUUUAAGAUGCACUGAGUGUAAGAAAGAGCGCAGGUUCCGUCUCCGCUCAAAGGAAGAAUGCCGAAUUUACCAUGAUGCUUUGGCGAAUAUGCAUUGGAAGUGCUCUGAUAUUCCUUAUGACAAAGUUUCAUGUGAUGACGAAGAAGAACGAGCAAGCCGUAGGGUGUACAGAGGAUGUUCUCGUUCUCCAUCAUGUAAAGGUUGCACCUCCUGUGUUUGUUUUGGGUGCCAAGUAUGCCGUUUUUCGGACUGCACUUGCCAGACUUGCAGUGAUUUCACAAGUAAUGCAAAAGCCUGAUUAUUCUAUAUCUUCUCUUAUGUUUUCCCCAUUAUUCCAACCCUUGCAAAUGUUCACAGCAUGUUUUUGCUGACAUAACUAAUUAUAAACCCAAAUUUUCCCUGCUCCAUUUACAAUCAAAGGCUUUCUCUUUAUAUA